UUCUGUGACUGUCGUGACUUCAAUGCUGACGGAGAAGAUGAUUACAUUACCGGAGUACCCAGGGGAGACAAAGCUCUGGGCUAUGUGAACAUCUUCAAUGGGAGGAAUAUGCAGUCUGUCCUGAACUUCACAGGAACACAGAUGGCUGCCUACUUUGGCCAUUCUGUGGCAGCGACCGACAUCAAUAACGAUGGGCUGGUGGAUCUGUUUGUUGGGGCCCCUCUGUUCAUGGACCGUGGUAGUGAUGGGAAGCUGAGGGAGGUGGGCCAGGUGUCUGUGUUCCUGGGGAAGGGAGGCUUCUCCUUCCACACACCCAUCACACUGAGUGGGACAGAGAUCUACUCACGCUUCGGCAGUUCUAUCGCCACACUGGGGGACCUGGAUAUGGAUGGCUUCAACGGUAUGUACGAGGCCUUAACG